AGUAUCUAAAAAUAGAAUGCUGCGUUAUCAUUUGAGGUAUUAGUUAAUGUCCUAGAUAUGAACACCCGAAUCACGGGGUAAACCUAGCUGAAUACUUGUGUAUCCCAUUACUUUAUCAUUGUGUCGUAAAAUUGUGAAUAGACUGCUUACUACAAGGUAACAAAAUGUUGUUGAAAGUACUGUUUGCAAGUUUUGCCCUUAUGACAGUGGCACAGGGCAAGUCUAAGUAUUGUUGCUAUCCUGAUCAAUGGGAGGCCGUGGAAGGAUUGAUGGCGGGUUCAGUUGACGAUGAGGGGCACGCAACAAUCACCAAUGGCUACGUUACGGUGUCAUAUGAUGCUAAAAAUCAGAGAAUUUACGGCGUUGAUACCAUAACCACAGGUUCAGUCACAAAAGUUUACACAUUUCUACAGUUGUUCACAGAGGGUGUACAAUAUCUCAUUGUGAACAAAACGUGUACGCGAGCGAAACUUGGUGCCUGGAAUAAUCAAAACUGCAUCCCCGAUAAUGCUACGUUAACUAACCAGUACAGACUUGGACUGAACCAAAGUAUUAUGAUCAAUGAUUAUACGUACAGUAUAAGUAAUCUAACAUAUAUCGUGAGUGUGGAAAACAAAUCGUGUGCCCCUGUUGUAGAGUACAACUUCGGAGAUCUUAACGGAGCUCAGCUGAUGACAGGUGUCGGGGUACAGGGUAUAACCGUGGGAAUCAAGGACCCUUCUGUUUUUGAUGUUCCAGCUAUCUGUAAACAAGCGCCUCAUGAUCAGAGCACAUUGAGAAGCGUGUCGUUCACAAGAAGACGAUGAACAUAUUUUAUCAGGGCAUAACAUAUGGGCACACAAACUGAUAUAUCUUAUUGUAUGGGUUUUUGUAAAUUUGUGACGAAUCUGCUGAAAUAAACGGGGAAAAUAUUUUUAUGUAAG